AAGCAGUCCCGGAUCAUUUGGAAUGGCUUCCGGGCCCCUCGCUGUCGCUCGCAGCCACACCACUUCCAGCACUGGUCUGUGCCACUGCCGCGUCUUUGGCACAUGGGUCUACAUGGUCAGUGACUCGUCCGUCCUGUCUGCUGAUCCCCAGGUCUGUGCUCUGGUGUGUCUCGCUUCGCCGGGCCAACCUUGGCCCUGCUCCGUUGCCCUUUGCCAUCUUCUGUCCACCGACGUUGUCACGUGCUGGACCAGGAGGAGCACACGUGCCCCCAGCAUUCUCGCGCUGAAGUGCGUUCGCCUGAGCGCGCAGUCCCCGGCUGGCUGCCGUGCCUGUACCGCCCGCCCCCUUGGGGGGCGGGGGUGGAAGCGAGGGUGCCACUGCUGUCCCAGAUGUGCCCGGCUGGUGUCCUUGGCCCCACGUCCGAGCCCGCCAGGCCCUCUACGAGGGUCUCCCCAUCAGAACUUCGGGGCAGAACCGCUGAGUCCCUCCUGGACGGAGCAUGGGGGAUCGUUCCGCCUCGCCGCGGGUGGAGUGGGUCGGCCGGCCCGGGGUGAUCGCCGUCCCCCUUCCUCACCUCGUGGGGUUUCACUGCCACCGCCCUUCACCCCACGCCCAGCACGCCAGGCACCCUGUGCUCACUUGGGAUUCCCAGGUGGUGAAGUAGUGAAGAAUCAGCCUGCUAAAGCAGGCAGUUGCAAAAGAUGAGAUCUUCUCAACUUACAGAUUGGUCCCGGGUCUCCUGCAUUGUUGGCAGACGCUGUACUGUCUGAACUACAGGGAAGCCAGGGAAGUGUUUGG